AUGAAAUUGCUAAGUUGGGAUGAGGAACGGCAAAUCCAACUGGCAGGCGCCAAAUUAGCUGAAAAAUGUUCAAGGUUUUUGGUGAAGAUUGGUAUGCGAAAUUUAACAGAAUGUGUUACUUUUGCGGUUUUCGCGUCAGGUGUCGGUCCUUCUGCACCGGGAGCAGGUUCUGGCACCGCUGCUGCUGCUGCUGUUGGUGGUGCUGGCGGUGCAGGUGGUGGUGCUGGCGGUGCUGCAGCUGCAGCUGCUGUGUCUGGUGCACCCAUUUGUGUUGGCGCUUCUGGUAGUGCUGGUUCUGCAGGGGGUCCUGAAGGCGCUGGUUCUGGUGCCGGGGGUUUUGCUUGUACCUCUGGUGCUGGCGAAGGCUCUGGUAGCAUUAUUGGGGCUGCUGUUGCCGCUUGA